UUUCAAUUUUCACCUCACAAAAUCCACCGAGCUGGCCCGCACCACGUGUUUUCUUCUUAACAUGCUCCACCAAAACGCACCCCCUCUCUUAUAAUUCUGCGCUCCUCCGAUGGUGCGCAUGGAGAUACCCAGUUCCCGCGACUUGCUUCCCUCUCCCACCACCACCGCUUCCGGAUCCACCAUGCCACCUCGGCCUGUUAAAAUCAUCCCUCUCCAGCACCCCGACACGACGUCGUACGGCAGCCCAGGUGGAUUCGGCAAUUCUUCUUCUUAUUCGUCUUCGUUUUGGUCUGACUCCCUGUUUUCUGGAGUCCGGGGGAAGAUCAAACGGAUGACGCUUAUCGAUUGGAUCGAGAUGUUCCUUCCUUGUUGCCGUUGGAUUCGGACGUACAGAUGGCGGGAGUAUUUCCAGGUUGAUCUCAUGGCCGGUACCACCGUUGGUAUCAUGCUUGUUCCGCAGGCUAUGUCAUAUGCAAAAUUAGCUGGGCUUGACCCAAUAUAUGGCCUCUACUCUGGCUUUGUGCCAAUAUUUAUCUAUGCCAUAUUUGGAUCAUCUCGGCAGCUGGCAAUUGGUCCAGUUGCAUUGGUCUCCCUUCUGGUCUCCAACGUGUUAAGUAAAAUUACUGAUUCAUCAGAUGCAUUAUACACAGAACUUGCUAUAUUGUUAGCACUGAUGGUUGGUAUCCUGGAAUGCAUAAUGGGGCUAUUGAGGCUUGGAUGGCUCAUUCGUUUCAUUAGUCAUUCUGUGAUUUCUGGUUUCACUACGGUUUCAGCCAUUGUAAUUGCUUUAUCACAAGCAAAAUACUUUUUGGGGUAUGAAAUUGAUCGAAGCAGCGAGAUUGUGCCAAUAAUCAAGAGCAUAAUAGCUGGAGCUGAUCAGUUCUCAUGGCCUCCUUUUGUAAUGGGAUCUGUGAUUCUCGCUAUAAUUCAGACCAUGAAGUUUCUGGGAAAAUCAAGGAAGCACCUGAAUUUCUUGAAAGCAAUGGGUCCCCUUACAGCAGUUGUUCUUGGCACAACUUUUGUGAAGAUAUACCAUCCACCAUCGAUUACUUUGGUAGGAGAUAUACCUCAGGGCAUUCCCGGCUUUUCCAUUCCUAAAAGUUUUCAAUAUGCGAAGUCUUUAAUUCCAACUGCACUUCUCAUUACUGGUGUAGCCAUCUUGGAAUCUGUUGGGAUUGCCAAAGCAUUAGCAGCCAAAAAUGGGUAUGAGCUGGAUUCAAAUCAAGAGUUGUUUGGUCUAGGUGUUGCCAAUAUCUUUGGGUCAUUCUUUUCAGCAUACCCCACAACAGGUUCCUUCUCCCGGUCAGCAGUGAAUCAUGAGAGUGGGGCAAAAACCGGCUUAUCCGGAAUUAUAGCAGGAAUCAUAAUGUGUUGUGCUCUGAUGUUCUUGACUCCAUUAUUUGAGUACAUACCACAGUGUGUUCUGGCUGCUAUAGUAAUCUCUGCUGUUAUAAGCCUGGUGGAUUAUGAAGAGGCAAUUUUCUUAUGGCGCGUAGAUAAGAAAGAUUUUCUUCUUUGGACCAUUACAGCUGCUACAACAUUGUUUCUGGGAAUUGAGAUAGGUGUCCUUGUUGGGGUAGGUGUUUCACUUGCCUUCGUCAUUCACGAAUCAGCAAAUCCUCAUAUCGCUGUCUUGGGGCGUCUUCCUGGCACCACUGUUUAUAGGAACAUUGAACAGUAUCCGGAAGCAUACACUUACAAUGGAAUCGUGAUCGUUCGUAUCGACGCCCCCAUAUAUUUUGCGAACAUAAGUUAUAUCAAAGACAGAUUACGAGAAUACGAAGUUGUGAUUGAUAAAUCAGCGAGACGUGGACCAGAAGUUGAAAGAAUUUAUUAUGUGAUUUUGGAGAUGGCACCUGUUACAUACAUAGACUCGAGUGCUGUCCAAGCUCUGAAAGACUUGCACCAAGAAUACAAAUCACGGGAAAUCCAGAUAGCCAUAUCCAACCCGAACCGGGAGGUCCUUUUGACCUUAUCAAAAUCCGGUGUCGUAGAGUUGAUUGGUAAGGAAUGGUACUUCGUGAGAGUGCAUGAUGCAGUCCAAGUUUGCCUCCAGCGUGUUCAGAGCAUAACAGAAUCUCCAAAAGCAUCAGAUACAUCACAUGAUGGAAAACCGAGUUUCUUCCAGAGAUUGCUGAAACAGAGAGUGGAAGAUUUAUCAGUUUCCGAGCUAGAAUCUGGUAAUAAGACUAGCGAGCCUUCGGAUUCAACGCACAUAGACCCUCAAUUGGAGCCCUUGUUGAGCCGAAGGUCUUGAAACUUGCUUCAUCUGAAGCAAAGUCCCAAUAAUGCCAUUCUUUUAACAAGACAUUUCCGAUACCGAUUAUUGUUCAAUUCUUCACAAUGUAGUUUUAGUACCUAGAACUUCCGCUGUUGUAUUGUUAUUGCUUUGUAACAUGAUUGUAUUUGGGUUUGUAACUUAUUGUUUAUCAGCUCUGUAAAGCAAACUUCUAUGCAAACUUGAUUCAAUCAAAUGACUAUGAUUUAAAUC